AUGGAUUUGGGCAGUGCGGAGAGAGCUGAUGAGCUACUUCAAGCCCAAGCUCAUGUAGUGAACCACACGUUCAACUUCAUGAACUCCAUGGCUCUGAAAUGUGCAAUAGACCUAGCCAUACCAGAUGUCAUCCACAGCCAUGGCCAGCCCAUGCUUCUUUCUCAACUGGUCACUGCCCUGUCUGUCCAACCAUCUAAAGUACCAUGCCUCCACCGCCUCAUGCGGCUUCUUGUUCAUUCUGGCUUCUUUUCUCAGCAACAAGUAAUCCAUAACAAUGAGCAAGAAGAAGGGUAUUCCCUGACUUAUGCCUCUCGGUUCCUACUAAAAGAUGAGCCCCUGACUGGACUGCCACUCUCACUUCUUCAUCUUAAUCCAGUACUUACAGCUCCAUGGCAUUUCUUGAGUGGUUGGUUCCGGAAUGGUGAUCCAACCCCAUUUUGUACUGCACACGGCAAGCCAUAUUGGGAUUAUACAGCCCAAGAACCAGACUUUAACGAUCUCUUUAAUGAGGCCAUGGCAAGCGACUCCCGGAUUAUUGCAAGUGUGCUGAUUACCAAGUGUAAGGAGCAGUUCAAAGGGCUGCUCUCGUUGGUCGAUGUUGGGGCAGGCACUGGAACAAUGACCAAAGCCAUUGCCAAAGCAUUCCCUCAUUUGAAGUGCAUUGUAUUUGAUCAACCACACGUAGUCGCUGAUUUACAGGGAGGUGGAAACUUGGAGGUUGUAGGAGGGGAUAUGUUUGAGGCAAUUCCUUCUGCGAAUGCAGUCAUACUCAAGUGGAUCCUACAUAACUGGAGCGAUGAAGAAUGUGUGAAGAUACUGAAGAAAUGCAAAGAAGCAAUUCCAACUGAGGACAAGGGAGGGAAGCUGAUGAUCAUCGACAUGGUAAUGGAGAACAACAAAGGAGACGACCAAGCAGUCCAAACCCAGCUAUUUUGGGACAUGCUUAUGAUGACUGUGCUCACAGGUAAACAGAGAAAUGAGAACGAAUGGAAGAAGCUCUUUGUGACUGCAGGAUUCACUCACUAUAAGAUAAGCGCAGUGUUAGGUUUCAGGUCCCUCAUUGAGGUUUAUCCAUGA